UCUUUGCCCAGAAGAAUUACGCUGCUUCUGCUUGUGUCAAACGAAGCUUGUAAAAAAUAAAGUGCCUACUAUGAACGAGUCAGAAUUAGAGAGGCCCCCUCCAAAAUAUAUGGAAGUUGUCAAUAAAUUGGCAUUGGCAGAUGCAAAGGAGGCUGGACCUUUCCUGGAUGGCUGCAAGGUUUAUCUGAGUGGAUUUACUCCUGAUGUCUGUGAAAAUCUUACCAAGAUUCUAAAUGCAGGUGGAGCAACAAGAUUCAGUGAACUUUCAGAUUCAGUAUCCCACAUUGUUGUUGGUGACCAUGUACCUGAAGAUGUAAAUUACCGCAAGAAGAGUGGAAUCAGACCACAUGUUGUAACUGUUGAUUGGUUGCUUGAGAGCAUGAAGCAAAGGCAUCCUGCAACCGAAUCACAUUUCUUGGUAUUUGUGAAGCCUACUGAACUACCAUUACGAUUGAGCAGAAAGCCUUUGUCCAAGAUUAAGGGCCAGUCGGGAGAAACAUUUGGAGGAAUAAACAUUCCAAGAAAGCGUAAGGCAGAAGAGUUGCAGCAAAAAGAUGGUGAUACCUUGGCUUCCCCACCUGCAGCAACACGUGUUCGUAUCUUCUCACCUGUAGCUGGUACCUCAAGGGACAAUGUGCAGCCUGAAAGUAGUUCACAGACUGGAGUGAAACAACCGCCCAAAAUACUGAUAUCAUCCAUGAAAGACAAGCGUGCAUAUGUCAAAAUGAUCAUGGACCUGGGUGGCAUUGUGUCGUAUAAAUCUGUCUUUGAUCCCACAACAACGCAUCUCAUUUGUUCCAGGCCAGGAUGGUAUAAAAAGACAGCAUGUUGUAACCUAUUGCUUUGUAUUGCAUCUGGGAAAUGGAUAUUACACAAGAGCUUCAUAGAUGCAAGUUGCCGAGCAGGUACUUUUGUUGAGGAAGAGGAAUAUGAGUUUGGAAACCCAAAAGCAGAAAAACUGUGGGGCAAGCUGCAACCCAGAAGUAUGCAAAUGGCACUGGCAAAGGCAGGUUACAGGUGGCGACGUAAACUGUGUGGCGGUAACAGCGGACCUUUCACUGGCAUGAAGGCCAUCGUAUGCACAAAACAGAAGAAGGCGGUUCUUCUUGCUCAGGUUAUCAAAGCAGGAGGUGGAGAGGUGCUGCACAUCAGGCCGCCGUGCAAAGAUCCACAGGGUGCGACACAUUGCUUUGCUGAUAUUAAAGAUUUAAGUGAACCAAUAGAUAUGGAAGCCUUAAUUAAGAAUAAAGUACCAUGUUUGUAUCCUGUCUACAUCCUCGCUUACCUUGUAAAAGAACCUCCACCAGAUGCUAAAAGAUAUAUCCUUCCAGAAUACAAAUGGAUAAUGGCACAGCUAGACAGAUUAUAGUCACUGCAUUUCUUAAAAUAAGAACUUAAGCUGUAUAUAUGUGCCUGUGUUAUUUUCAUGUGCUUCUUUGAAAUUCAUAACAGGGCCUUUGCCAUGUAUACUGCAUGGUUUAUUUGUUGACAUGGCAAUGCUUAAAAAAUUGCCAAGCAUUUUAAUACAUAUUUUUUUUUUAAAUAUGUGGAAAAGUGUAAACCCAUACUGGGAUCACCAAUUCUUGUGUAAAAAAUAUCAACACACCCACCUCAUUGCUUGAUUGUAAGUACAAUUUCUUUUUUAUGAAUUAACCUAGAAAAACAGGGUGGUGUGGAAACAACUGACACAAUUUGAUCACGAAUAUUGUACAUGUGCAGUAUUUUGUGUUGGGUGUCAGAGAGAAAAGGGCAAAGGAGAGGGUGUGAUUUCAUAUGCCAGCAGCAGUGGAAUGUGUAACAUCGUCUUAGCUCAGUUUGAUGUUAUUGCAAAAAUAAAUCUGUGACAGCAAUGCAUCAUUCUUUUAGACAACAUUUUAAUGUUGGUCAACAUGGUUGAGUACCAUUUGGGAGUACCGUAUUGGUUUAGCUGAAGAAACUUGGAGGCAAUAUUAGUGUACUGAAUGUGAAGCACUGACAUCAGAGAGCAACACACACACUCAAGACCUUGCAGCAAGAACAAAGAUUUUGAUCAUAGUCUUAGACUCUUACACAGUUUCGUAUUUUAGGGUAAAUUAAAGAAGUUUACGCCAAAUAUUUGAUGAUAUGUAAUUUCAUCUUUACAAAUUGGAAAUUUAUCAGAAACUUAAUCCCAGAGACAAGUAAAAACAAGGUACUUUUUGCACUGCCAUGCUCAAUUCACUAAGCAGAAGCCCUGUUUUCUUGAAUAAUUUGUUCAUUAUGCCAAACCUCAUUUUCAUUUUUAGAGGCUUUGUGAACUAACAGAAAGUGAAGUUCUGAUCUCCAGUACCUCUACAUCUACAUGACUACUCUCCAAUUCACACUUAAAUGCCUGGUAGAGGAUACUUUGAACCACCUUCAGACUUUUUCUCUACUGUUUCACAUGGGAAAAGUCAAUACUUAAAUCUUUCUGUACAAGCUCUGAUUUCUCUUAUUUUAUUAUGAUUAUCAUUUCUACUGAUGUAGGCUGGAAACAAUAAAAUAUUUUUUCAUUUAGAGGAGAAACUUGGUGAUUGAAAUUUUGUGCAAAGAUUCCACCACACAAAAAAUGCCUUGGUUAUAAUUAUUGCCGUCCUGACUCACUUAUCAUACCUAUGACACUCUCUCUCACAUUUAGUGAUAGGGUAGAGCAAGCUGCCCUUCUUUGAACUUUUUCAGCCUCUUCCAUCAAUUCUCUCUUGUAAGGAUCCUAUAACAGCGUAGCAGUACUCUAGCAGAGGACGAACAACUGCAAUGUAGAUGCCCUAGUUAGGAAACUUGUUGCAUCUUCUAAGUGUUCUGCCAGUAAAAUGUAUUCUUUAGUUUUUCUUCCUCACAACAUUAUCUCUGUGAGUGUUCCAACUUAAGUUGUUCAGAUUGUAAUUCCUAGGUAUUUAGUUGAAUUGACAGCCUUUAAAUUAGUGUGAUUUAUUGUGUAAUUGAAAUUUAACAGAUUUCAUUUUGUACUCAUGUUGGUAACUUCACUGUUUUCCUUAUUAAGGAAAAAUUGCCACUUUCCAGACAAUUCAGAUAUUGUAUCUAAGUCACUUUGCAGUUGGUUCUGAUCUUCUGAUGACUGUAAUAGGUGGUAGACAACAACUUUAUCUGGGAACAAUCUAAGAGGGCUGCUCAGAUUGUCACAUGAAUUGUUAUGUAGAUUAGGAACAGCAGAGGGUCUAUAACACUUCCUUGGGGGGCACCAGAUAUCACUCGAUGAUUUACUACUGGUCAUUAUGUACUGUGAUCCUUCUCACAGGAAAUCAUGAAUCCAGUAAAACAAUUGAAAUGAUAUCCCCACUAUAUAGGCAUGCAAAUUGAUUGGAAGUACCUUGUGAGGAGCAGUGUCAUAAACCUUCUGGAAAGGUAGAAAUGUGGAAUCAGUUUGAGAUCCUCUAUCAAUAGCAUUCAUAAUUUUGUGAAAAUAGAGAGCUCGUUGGGUUUGACAAGAACAAUAUUUUGUUUCUCAAACAGCUGCACAAGAAACCAUUGCAGUCUCCCAAAGUGAUAGUUUGGUGUAAAUUCAGUGUUUUGGGAUUGUAAACCCACAUUUUUUUUUUUUUUUUUUUUUUUUUUUUUUUUUUAGGAUGAGGAUGAAGUAACAGCUGCUACUAACUCAGAAUGUUAUGUCACUGUGUUAGAAAACUUUAUUCAGCCUCACUUAUGACGGCUUGAUAUUGAUCCAAACGUGACAUGAGACAAUAUGGCCAUUGGUUAUGGAAUGUUCAGAAGCAUUAUCUCUCAGUCUGGAGACAUUGCGUGGCUUUCUUGGUUACCCAGUCUUAUUGUCUAAUAUUUUUUCAUGUGGGGAUUCUUGAAAGACUGUGUGUUCUGGAAGCAUAUAGUGCACAUCUGAGAAGCCAAAUAAACAAUUGCUGAUGAAACUCUGGCUAUUGACAGUGACCUACAGAUGCCUGUGUAUGACAAGUUCUGGAAGUACAUUGAUUUAAAUGGAGGCCAUCUUCCUGAUGGAAUUUUUAAGCAUAACCUUGCAAGCUUUGGGUAAUAAAUGGCAUAUUUCAGAGUAUUUAUAGAAUACUUUACUCAAUCUUUUCUGUUUUAAUUUCAUAAUCUAUGAAUAUCAGAAACAUGUCAGCCGGCUCGGCACCAGCUUUUAUGAUAUUGCUGUCACUGUUUAAUUGUUUAAACAAUAAAAUUACAAUAGUGUGAAAUGUGCUUAAAAUAGUGAAAGACAAGGAUACUGUGGCACCUUAUUCUAAAACAGUCCUAAGUGUAUACACUGUUGCUUCUUCUUGAUCGGUGUUUACGUCAUGUUAAGUAUACAAGCGAAACUCGUAAAAGUAAACUUUUAAUUUCUGUUCCAUCCUGAUAACUAUACUGUAUGUCUAAAUUCACUGAGAAGUACAUUACUUAUUCCAAGAAAGUGCUUUAAAACCAAGUGAUCUUGUAAACUACAAUUGAAACAGUAUACGAGCUGACAAACUAAUCAAAAGUUAAUUGUUAUGUUUACUCCUCAAAUUAUUUAUAUUCUAGCAGGACUUCUCAUUAGCUUAUUGAUUAGUGUAUUUCCAAUCUGUUGGAGUGAAAUUGAUGUGUUUAGAUGUUUUCUUAGCACUUAUGCAGAGCAGCAAGCAAUGUAUUGCUUUAUUACUUUGUUGCGUAUUAAUUUUUUACCUCUAGAUAUUCUGCUCACAAUGUGUACAAUGACGGAUUCUAAAUUUAAAAUUUUUACACAAAUGACAAACCAUUUUUACGUGUAUUCAUAAUGGAGUAUCUAAUUUUGACAGGGAAGAAUACACAAUUAAGCUGAAGAGGGAGAUGAUUAUCUGAUUUUGCCAUGUAGCUGUUCACAGUGAUUUACAGAUGUAAAUCUUCAUUUCGAUGCCAAAUAUUUAGUUUGGGAUGUUUAUAAUGAGUUAAAAACUGUAACUGAGACCAUAUUUCUUAAUGUUUAGUUUCCACAAUUUGGUACACUUUUUGUUUUCUUGAACCAACAUACUGACAUUGGAUACUGAAACCUCACAAUCAUGACAGAUUCAUUGCUAAGUAAUUAACUACCUAACAACAACAAACUAACUGGUGGUUGCUGUCACCAUUUGUAAGUACAUGAUGACAAUAGCUAUUGUACACGACAACUGUAGCUAUUUGUUCUUACAUUCUUUCAUUAUAAUCGAUCAGUAUUUAUAGAAUUUUGAUAAAAUGUGUAGAGAAUUUGUUACAACAAAAUACAAUAAGAAGUUUCUUAUGACCGGUAUUUUGGGGGAAACAUAUUUUUAGAUCGAAAAUUAAUAAAAUAUACUUUGCAAUCAAUGACAUGUGAAUAAUUUUAAUGUACUCUGUUAAUUACUCAGCGAAUUUCAUUAUGAAUAUUCUCCAAGUCUUUGACAUAAGCUCAAAAAUUGAUACAGUUAAAUGUUUGGUUGAAAUUUUGUAUAUAUUUUCAAGUCAAUUUAAUACCUUCUGGUAUGUUGUAGAAAGUAAUUUUACAUAAAAGAAGAAAAAGUUUAGAUCUAACAGUAUAGUAUGUAAACAAGAUUACACCUGCAGUGUGAUAAAAUACCUAAAUUGUGUAGUGGUGUAUUAUAAAACAGUUUGAAAUCAAAGAAUGAAAAAAACCAUGAGUAUUAGCACUUAUUUAUAAUGUGACUUUUAAGUUUCUAGGUUAAUUAAACAUUUUUACUGUUUUUGUGUAAUUGAUACCUCUGUAGGGAUUACAUAGUUUGCAGAAAGAAAUCAUGUAAUAUAAAUUUCAAAAAUAUGUGAUGUCUGGUAUCAUGUCAGUUUCAUAAUCUCCAAUUUGGUCUACCAUACAGCCCCAGAAUGCCUUACAUAAAAAUUAUCAAUUAGAUACUGCUUGCCUGCAACAGACAAACCAAGUUAGUACAUGAGAAUAUAAGUAUGUAGAAACAUGAAAACAAAACAUGUUUUUUGGAAAUUUUGUAUAACUGCUGUGUGUAUGUGUGUGGUGCUCUAUAUCUAAUUAUAACGUGUAUAAAAAAUGAAACAUUCUAAGUUCCAGUUACUGUGUUACAUAAUUCAUAGCCAAAGUGAAGAAAAAACAGUACUGAGUAAUCAACAUUAAUAUUAAAGAAUGAAAUUGUAGCAAAAGCUGUUUUUGUACAUCUGUCUGAAUCAUAUCAACUAAUGUUACAGAACAAACGGUACAAUGAUUGUUCUGAUCUUGUAUUCUAGUCAAAGUAUAUGUAUCCUUUGAAAAUAAGAAACUGUUGUGAACUGAAUUGUAAUAAUUUGUGUAUACAUUAAUUACUUUAUGAAAAGUAUAUUGCACAUUAUAGCUGA